AGGAGGAGGAAAAAGAGGAGGAGAAGGAGCAGAAUCGCGACAAGAGGAUGUAGGAGAAUUGAGGGGAUCCAGAGAAACGGGAUCGGUCGAUGUUGGACUCUCAGAGAAUCCGGCGUGUUUUCCUGCGAAGAAAGAAGAUAGCGAACGGAGAGGAGCGCGGCGGUUGACGUGUGGCGGCCAGUUACAGAUUUGACGCUGGACUGUGAACCACAGGGGAUUUCUCUUCUUCCUCUUUUUUUUCUUGCGCUUUCUCUUUCUCUCCCUCUUUUUCUCUCUCCCUCCUCCUUCCCUCUCUCUCCUUCUCUCUUUGUCGUGAGAAAAUGAUAAAAGUAGACAAAGAUAUUUGCCACAAAAUGCAAAGAUAGUUGUCUGAUUACGCAGCGAAAAAACUGUAUUCGCCUUCUCCCAAGAUAGAAUGACAUCGCGCGCUUCUGUUCGGAGCUACAAGUGCGUGACUGAGAAGAGAUCGAACAUGUUGAGUGCAGCGCGUGAAAUCGAGAACAAGAGCAAGAAUGUGUGACGCCUGAAUUGAAUACAUGAGACGAGGAGUUUGAUAUUCAGUCGCGGGUGAGAAUAGUGUGUGAAUCGCUACUGGAUAAAUCGACGAAUGUUUCGUGGAUCGACGGGGAAGGAGUGCUUUUUUAAGAGAGAAAGAGAAAGAAAAAGAGAAACAGAGAGAGAGAGGGAGAGAGAGAGAGAGAGAGAAAGAGAAAGAGAGAGAGAGAGAGAAUCGCGCAAUCCUUAAAAUCGUUGGAUGAGGCGAGUGUUGAAAUCUCCGUGUAUCCUUGAUUUCACAUUGAUUUCAUUGAUAUAUCGUGUUUCUGUCCUGGAUUGGUCGUGGGUUUUAUUAUGAUUUAUCAGUACAGCCACCAAGCACCCACGAUGUCAUCUGUUAAAAAAACGUCGCCCAGACUGCAACAUCGUAAUCUGCAAACGUCUCUGAGCAAAUAUGAGAAGACAAAGCGAAUGAACGAUCGGAUAGUUAAUGAGGAGAAAUGCGGAGGAAGAUGCCGAGUACAGUGGAGUGAAAAACAUGUAAAAGAGGGUUUGGUACUUGUUCAGGAAGCGCAGCUUGCCAGGCUGAUUAAAACCGGACCCAUCACAGAAUAUUAUGAAAUCGAUCCAAAACCAUUCGCGAGCGGUCAAUGGGCAAGAGUCUAUCGCUGCAAAUCUCGAACGACUGGCACACUUUACGCGGCAAAGUAUUCAUCCAGGACCAGAUUCAAUGUCAGUUGCAGUGCAGAACUGAGACACGAAAUCGCCUUAUUGUCCCUUUGUUCGCAAUCGCCUCGUGUCGUUAGAUUACAUGAUGUCUACGAGACGCCGAAAGAAAUUAUUUUGGUUAUGGAAUAUGCCCCCGGCGGUGAUUUGCAGACGCUUAUUGACGGCGAUUUGGUGCCUCUCGAAGGCGAUGUUGUACACUUUGUGCGUCAACUAGUAGAAGGACUCGCCUAUCUCCAUGAAAGAAAUAUUGCCCAUUUGGACAUCAAGCCCCAGAAUUUGGUCAUGAUGAGUACUUUUCCGGAAUGUGACGUUAAACUAUGUGACUUUGAAAUAUCGAGAGUGAUCCUCGAAGGUACUGAAAUUCGAGAAAUUCUUGGCACGCCGGAUUACGUUGCGCCCGAAAUAUUGCAUUAUGAGCCGAUUACUCUGGCAGCUGAUAUGUGGUCACUUGGUGUCACAACUUAUGUACUGCUGACGGGCUUCUCACCGUUUGGUGGCGAAUCCGAUCAAGAAACUUUCCAAAAUAUAUCCUUAGGAGAGGUAGAUUUUCCUGAAGAGAUAUUCGAAGAUGUUUCGGCGCAGGCAAAAGACUUUGUUGCAAAACUUUUGUUGCUAGACCCAAGUGCACGAAUGACUGCGAAACAAUGCCUGCGCCACGAUUGGCUGCGAGGUGCUCCCAUGCAAGCUUCUCCACAUUUACGAAGAUACUUGUCGAAAUCAAGAGAAGUUCUUCUAGAACGCGUUGUCAGCCGAGAAAAUUUGAGAAGAGCGGCUCUAAUAAGCCAAACAACCAGUCAGGCGAAUCUUUGCGUGGACGUUCACGAUCGAGAGCAUCAACAACAAAAUUUACAGGAUUGCCUUUUAAGUCAGAGCGAAAUGUGUCUAAAUCAGUGCAUUACAGAAAGUUAUUGCAGCUUAGCAGGUAGCGAAGAUUUUCCUAGUCCAACAAAUUCUCAGACUAGUUUGAAUUCAUCCAAGACCAAUCUGAGUUGUACGAGUCAAAGCUGUCUGCUGAAUCAAGAACAGACUCAGGGGUUAUUGAAUAAAGCUCAAAGUCGAUCGCACACUAAUCUAAACCAAGGCCUGAGUCGUGGAAUACUUUCGAGAAUACGUAGCUUAAAUCGUGUUCAGUCUCAAGCAUGUCUGUUAAACGGCUCCGCCGCGACCAAUUCCAUACAAAGCAGCACCGUCAAUUCAAUAAAUCUCACCAUAAGCAAAUCUCGCGAAAAGUUAUAUGGCUUGAGAUGUCUGUCAAAAUCACAAGAUGUACUAGAUAUUUACAGAAGUCUAGAAUGUUUAAAACGACGAAGAAAAAGUUAUCAGCGCGCUCAAACCGAUGACAUACUGCCUAUUUUCAAACAAUUUGGCGUAGAGAUUGCAUCUUCCAAACUCGCGCUUUCAAUAAAUGAUAACGAUGCGAUCACUUGCACAAAAUUAGAAAUUAAUUCAAUUCCUGAUAAGAUCAAACAGGAAAUUAACCGAGAUCAAACAAUAACUGUGUUAACGAGUACGAAUGACUUCAAUGGCGACAAACAAGAUAAUUUGAACGUCGAGUCAAAUAAUUUGAAGCGGAAAACGAAGAGUAUGGAUUUACCACAAACUCCGAAGAAGCUUAGUUCAGAAUCCGAGGAGAAUAUGGACUCCCUUAAGUCUAUUGAGUCGGACACCUUAACGGAGGAUUCAGACUACACAUCUUCAAGCCACGAUAGAGAAUUCAAUGUAGACAAACGUUCUUGUGAGCGCCAGUAUUCUAACAUUUCCAGCCGUUCCAACAACUCGGCUACGUCCGAUGAUAAGGAAAAUCGUUCAACGGAAUCGGAAAAUGAAGAGCCCAAAUACACGGUAGCGCAGCUGGUCUCAGCAUUUAACAAACAUCAAGAAGUAGCUUCGAAGACAAGCUUGAAAGCGAUUAUGUCCAAGAAAAGAAUUAACGAGUUGAUGUUCCCGACUGGUACAAAGGCAUUGCGUCUUUUUAUUCCGGAUAUUAACAUUACCGAAAGCAAGAUUAUCCGUCGCAAAACAAGCUACAAGCCACGAAAGAAUUGGGAGGAACUCCGAAAACGCAAUGAGAAAAACGAGGGAGUUUUAAAAAGCUUCGACAAUGAUUCCUGUAACGAAGACGAUUACGACGAUGACGAUGUAGAAGACGAGGACGAGAUUCGAGAUAAAGCAAAGGAUUUUUUAGUCACGCAGGCGAACGAGCAGAAUUUUACAAAGUUGAACAUUAAAAAGAGCGCUGCUACUAUCUCGCGAGGAUUAAUCGAUUGGAAUGAAAAUACAAAUUUAUCUUCAAAUCAACAGUCACUCUUGCAAUCAGAAAAUAAUAAUAGACAGUUUAUUUUCAUCGAAAAUGGAAGUAUUCGAAGUAAUCUCGAUACUACAAUUGACGAAAAAUAUAAACAGUGCGUGAGAGAUGCACUCAUGUCCAACAAUGGGCAUGAUAAGAUGGAAACUGUUGUAGAUAAAAUUCAGAUACAACCGAAAAAGAUGGAAACUAUUGAAGAUAAAAUCCAGAUACAACCGAAAUUAUUAACACAAUCAAAGAUUGCUGUGACGGUUCGCCAAAAAGAAAGAUUACCUAAUUAUAUAUAUGCUAAUGUAACUUCCACAAACAAAGAUGACGACACAAUAUCUAAGAAAACAAUUGUCACCACGAUCAAUGGAAGAUUCGAACCUAAAACAUCUAAGGUCGAACCAAUCAAGUUAAGUUCAGGCGCUGACACUGCGAAUGUAAAUCUCAAAGAUAUUCUACAUCGAGUAGAUAGUUCCCAGAGUAAUCCUAAGGAAAAUUUGGAAAAUUUGAGGAAGAGAACAUCAACAGCAAAGAUUAUAUUAAACGAUAACACCGCUCAUGAUCAGUUAGAUGAUUCUGAUAGCUAUAAACGGACGCACUCUCAAGCAAAGAGUGAACCACCCGCAAUUGACAAUCAGUCAGACGAACAAGUAAAAUUAGUGGCACCACUAUCCUUCAUUCAAUCUUCUUCCUUGUCCAGUGACAAUUGUCCCACACCAUCUAGCGUGCAAUCUAACACAAAUAUGUCAUGGGAAGACAUUCAACUUAUCACGAACUCCAGCACAUUCUUAGAGAAGGAUUAUUAUAAUAGUGCGAAGAAAGAUGAUAUGCAGCGAACAUCCAGCGAGGAAAAAAAUAAGCAAUACGCAGAAGAUCGUAAGAUCUGGGGCCGAGUUUGUACUGGAUCUUAUACCAGGGCAAUGGAAAGAUUUACCGGUAAAAAUAUAGAAACAACGAAAAAAUCAUCAAAUUCGAACGCUAUACAACAAGUAGAAAAAACACGAAGAAAAAGUAGCCCUGCAAUGGCGCAAUAUUUAAACUUUUAAGUGUUUUAAUUUACAGAUAAGAUUUUUAUCUAAAUGCAUUAAUUAUGCGAGUUUUCAAGCGAAAAAUUAAAAUAAUAAAUAAAAUAUUUAUCCAGUUCCUGAAAGAAUAUAUAUGGAUUUUGCCUUUAACAGAACAGAUAGAUUCUAAGAAUAUUAAAAG